AAAGAUCUGAAGUUCUCGCAAAAUAAACCCAAACCCUAAAAUUAAGAGCAAAAUUCAGGGUAAAAAAGAAAAAGUAAAUGCUUUGGAUCUCUCUAUUGACACCAAGAGGAUCUGUCUGUUUGCAAGAACAAGUGUCUUUACAGAUCGAGCUCCGAGAACGAACCUCUCUCUCUCUCUCUCUCCAUUUUCUUGAAGCUGCAAGAGCUAAAGAGUGAAUAUGGCAACAGUUGAUGAGCCUUUAUACCCAAUCGCUGUUCUUAUAGAUGAGCUAAAAAAUGAGGACAUUCAACUCCGGUUGAACUCAAUCAGAAGGCUUUCUACAAUUGCACGUGCACUUGGGGAGGAAAGAACGCGAAAGGAAUUGAUUCCUUUCUUAAGUGAGAACAACGAUGAUGAUGAUGAAGUGCUUCUUGCAAUGGCAGAAGAAUUGGGGGUCUUUAUUCCUUAUGUUGGCGGCGUGGAACAUGCCAAUGUUUUGCUUCCACCACUAGAGACUUUGUGCACUGUUGAGGAAACUUGUGUGAGAGACAAAGCAGUGGAGUCCUUAUGUAGAAUUGGGGCACAGAUGAGGGAGCAGGACUUGGUUGAGUAUUUUAUACCACUAGUGAAGAGACUGGCUGCUGGUGAAUGGUUUACUGCUCGAGUUUCGUCGUGUGGCUUGUUUCAUAUUGCAUAUACAAGUGCCCCUGAGACAAUAAAAACUGAAUUACGAACAAUAUACAGUCAGUUAUGUCAAGAUGACAUGCCCAUGGUUCGAAGAUCUGCUGCAACAAACCUAGGAAAAUUUGCUGCUACUGUUGAGCCUGCCCAUUUGAAGGCUGAUAUCAUGUCCAUAUUUGAGGAUUUGACGCAAGAUGAUCAAGAUUCUGUUCGACUAUUGGCUGUAGAGGGUUGUGCAGCUUUAGGCAAGUUGUUGGAACCCCAAGAUUGCGUGGCACAUAUUCUCCCUGUCAUAGCCAAUUUCUCGCAGGAUAAGUCUUGGCGUGUCCGUUACAUGGUUGCAAACCAAUUGUAUGAGCUAUGUGAAGCUGUUGGCCCUGAGCCCACCAGGUCAGAUCUUGUUCCUGCAUAUGUCCGGCUACUUUGUGAUAAUGAAGCUGAAGUUCGUAUAGCUGCUGCUGGCAAAGUAACUAAAUUUUGCCGAAUUUUGAAUCCAGAACUUGCGAUCCAGCGUAUUCUUCCUUGUGUGAAGGACUUGUCCACAGACUCAUCCCAACAUGUACGUUCAGCUUUGGCUUCAGUUAUAAUGGGAAUGGCACCAGUUUUGGGAAAGGAUGCAACGAUAGAGCAACUGCUGCCCAUCUUUCUCUCUCUUUUGAAAGAUGAAUUUCCCGAUGUUCGUCUUAAUAUUAUUAGCAAGCUUGAUCAAGUCAAUCAGGUCAUUGGAAUUGAUUUACUUUCCCAGUCCCUGUUGCCAGCAAUUGUAGAGCUUGCAGAGGAUAGACACUGGAGGGUCAGACUUGCAAUAAUAGAAUACAUACCCUUAUUGGCUAGUCAGUUGGGCGUAGGAUUUUUUGAUGAUAAGCUCGGUGCUCUGUGCAUGCAAUGGUUAAAAGACAAGGUUUACUCAAUUCGUGAUGCAGCUGCUAAUAAUGUGAAGCGCCUUGCAGAAGAAUUCGGUCCAGACUGGGCAAUGCAGCACAUAGUUCCUCAGGUUCUGGAUAUGAUUAACAACCCUCACUAUCUGUAUCGAAUGACCAUUCUACAUGCAAUUUCUCUGCUUGCUCCUGUUGUGGGCUCGGAAAUUACUUGUUCCUCACUUCUUCCUGUUGUCGUCACUGCAUCAAAAGAUAGGGUACCCAACAUCAAAUUUAAUGUGGCUAAGGUGUUGCAAUUGCUUAUCCCCAUAGUUGAUCAUUCGGUGGUGGAGAAGACAAUUCGUCCAUGUCUGGUUGAGCUGAGUGAGGACCCAGAUGUUGAUGUGAGAUUCUUUGCUACCCAAGCACUACAAUCGAGUGAUCAGGUCAUGAUGUCUAGCUAGAUUGAAUUUUGUUGUAAUUAGGAAUUCUUUGUCUUCUCUUCUUUCCCUCUUCAGUUCAGUUCAAUCUAUCUUACUGGCGUGUGUAAUUCCUUACUAACGGUGUGAAGUUUUCUUCCACUGAGACAAUCUUUUUCCCUUGGACGGUCUCUUGAAAACAUAUCAGUCUGUAUCAUGUCGUGCUAAUGGCAUAUCCAGUUUUUCUAUUUAUCAAA